CAAGAGAAAGGCAGUGCAUCAAUAAUUACUGUGUGAGUGUACGCUAUUGACGUCAUGUCCAACGCAAAUUUGUAACGGGUUCCAACGUUUCAGGUCCCGCCACUCAAAGGCCUUCUUUCAGCUUCUCCAAGUCCUCAUUUCGUUGUGGACUAUUCUCUUGCAUUUUUGUCUAAAGUAAAAUGGUCGACAGCGAAUCAAAAAAACGAACAUUAUCAGAAACCGAAAGUGUUGAAGAUAAUACCAAACGUCCACGGCAAGCAGGUACAUCCAGUACUUGGACCGAUCACUCCGCGAUGAACCUGACAACCGAACAAAAAGAACGACUGGAAAAAGCAAAAGCAUACGCGCGUAAAAUGAAAUCAGAGUUGACAAAAACGUCUACGGCAAUGUCACCAAUAUCCACCAAUAAUGCAACCACGAAUAUUACGACGAACACCACGGGAACGUCAACGACAUCAAAGCCGCCCAAUAAAAAUAGCACUCUUACAACACAUGCCAUCCUAUCUGCAACCAAUCCACAUAUUCAUUCUGGCGUUGACAUUCGUACACUUUCAGUAUUAGCACGGAUCUAUGUCGGCAGUAUUAACUUUGAAUUGAACGAAACCCAUGUGCGCGCAGUGUUCGACCAGUUCGGUAUCAUAAAGAGCAUCAGCAUGUCUUUGGAUCCAGUCUCAAUGCGACACAAAGGAUUCUGUUUUAUCGAAUACGAAACGCCUGAAGGUGCUUCACUUGCACUUGAGACGAUGAAUGGGGCUGAUCUAGGUGGACGUGCACUUAAAGUCGGUCGACCCAACAACUAUGCUACAGCUGCUUCGUCAGGAGGUGUUCCUAUCCCGCCAAAAUCAAGAAUCUAUGUCGCAAACGUCAAUGAGAUGAUUACAGAGGAAAAUCUUCAGACUAUUUUUGAGGCCUUUGGAACAAUCAAAAAGUGCAUCUUGUUGCCUGAUUACCUGACAAGGAAACACAAAGGAUAUGGAUUUAUCGAGUUCGAAGACGAGACAGCAGCCUCGACAGCUAUGGAAUCCAUGCGGAAUUUCGAAAUUGCCGGACAAAUGUUGCGUGUAUCCAAAAGCAUCAUUGGCGGCCCGCUUACUGACGGCAUGAAAAUCCUGGACUCGAUGCCACCACCGGCCGUUAUUGCCGCUACGCUUGCUGCUACUGCUGAAAAUAGCAACAGCAACAACAACGGUUAUAACAUUCCGAAUAACACAAGCACUGGUCCUGGUAUGCUCGCUAGACCGGGCACUACUACACCAUCAACGUCAACAACAACAACAACAACAACAACAACACCUGCAACGGAAACAACAACAGGUGCUGCAGCAGCAACAGAUGAUUCGGAUGAUGUCAUGGUCAAAGUUAAUGCAAACAUCCAAAACCUGGGUAUCCAAAAAAAACUCGAUCUGUUCCAACAGCAGCAACAGCUACGGCGUCAGCAUCACCAAAAUCAUCCUCAUAACCCACACUUCCAUCAACAACAUCGCUUACAACACCCUCAAUUUCAGAACCAGCGGCCACCACCUGAUCCCACUGCAUUGAUGCGUGCUGCAAAUUUGGCUAGAGAACAAGAAAAAGCAGCCAAUGCCGCAGAUUCCGUGGCCAAAGAAGAAGACAUGCACGUCAAUUCAAGUCAACGUUUCGCCAUCAUGCAGAAAUUAGCUGCUAGUAGAGAACAGCUAUCAACACACAUGCUUGUACAAAACGCAGUUCCUGCUGGCGAAGUGGACGAGAGUUUAAACCAAGAAUUCUCGGAUGAAUGCAGUAAAUUUGGUAAAGUCCGCAAGGUCUCUAUAACUACGGGCAACGAUGACAGCUGCGAUGUUAGAGACCAACCUGGAUGGCAACCCGGGGAUGGAGACGUCAAGAUCUUUGUCGAAUUUGAGACAUCUGGUGAUGCAGACAAGGCACGUCAAGUAUUGGAUGGUCGAUGGUUUGGUGGCCGUAAACUAAAGGCACAGGUGAUAUAUAUCUCGGACCUAGACAAGCAUGGGAUUCAUUGAAAAUAAUGGCAUCGAAUCAAUAAAAAGUGGACAGCAAUGGAGUGGAUGAUUUGAGCAGCGAAGUACGGAUCUUUUAUUCAGCUUUUUGUGUUACAUCCCAGAAAUCAGUAAAACAGGCGCCAACUACUUGAGUUAAUAGAGAAAAAAUAGUUAAGCUACAACAACUGUUCCUAUAGGGUUCAUGCUACUUUGCUCGGCAGUAUAUCAGGUUGCAUAUACCGCUAUGAUAGGGAACUAAUGACAUUAAUACACACACCAAUUACUGAUUAACUCCACACCACUGUAAUCCACCGCCAAUACGACGAACGAUACAAAAAUCACCAAGGAAAAGAGCAGGAAACACAGCUUG